AAAAGCUUCGACGUUGAAGCGUGGCUGCGAGGCCGGGAAAAGGGAAGGGAAGCGUUGCGUCUUUGGAGCCGACAGCGAUCAAAGUUCGGUGGAAUCUUCGCCACUCCAACGUUCUCUUUCCCACGCUCAGCGUUCUCUUUCCCACGCUCAACGUUCCAUCGCGCUGCCUUCUUUCACCGGCGUUCCGUGUCGUCGUUCAGGAUUGGAAUAGCUGAUAUCUUUUUUUCUUUCUAAUAAAAACAACUACUUUUGCUUCCGACGCGGCCUUUCCAGCCGCUGGAUUAUGAGCAGCAGCGAGUCGCCCGACUGUCCGGCGACGUCAGCCGUGGCGUCGUACACUUGCAUCACUUGCCGCGUGGCUUUCAAGGAUGCCGAUGUCCAGCGUGCCCACUACAAGACCGACUGGCACAGGUACAACCUGAAACGGAAAGUCGCCGAGAUGCCACCUGUCACUGCUGAGAACUUCCAGGAGAGGGUUCUGGCACAGAGAGCCGGGCUGGAGGAGCAGAACAAGGCGACUGCUACCUACUGCACGGCUUGCAGCAAGAGGUUCUCCAACUUCAACGCUUACGAGAACCACCUGAAGUCCAAGAAGCACCUGGAGCUCGAGAAGAAAGCCGUCCAAGCGGUCAGCAAGAAGGUCGAACUCCUGAAUGAGAAGAACUUGGAGAAAGGCCUCGCUCAAGAGAACGUUGACAAAGAUGCCAUGAAUGCUGCCAUCCAGCAAGCCAUCAGAGCCCAGCCCUCCCUGUCUCCAAAGAAGGCUCCCUUCUUGCCUGGCGGUGCUGCUGGGUCUUCAAUUGCUGUGGAAAGUAGCAGAGAGCGUGCGGAAAAAGCUCCCCGGCUGCAGUGGUUUGAGGAACAGGCCAAGAAGCUGGCAAGAGAACAGUCGGAGGAAGAAGAGGAGGUCGACGAUAUGGAAGAAGGUUGGGAGGAUGUAGACUCAGAUGAAGAUCUGGAGGUCGAAGAAGGACCGAUGGAAGGAAUCCCGGAUGAGGCCGAAGAGAGUGCGUCUGGGAAGGAUCACUCCAGCUCAGACGCGAUCCCAGUAACCGACUGCUUAUUCUGUUCCCACCAUUCAAGCUGCCUCAUGAAGAAUGUGUCCCACAUGACAAAAGUUCACAGUUUCUUUAUUCCAGAUAUAGAAUAUCUUGUGGAUAUCAGAGGUCUGAUUAAGUACUUGGGAGAGAAGGUUGGCAUUGGGAAGAUCUGCCUGUGGUGCAAUGAGAAGGGGAAAUCCUUCUACACGACGGAAGCUGUGCAGGCCCAUAUGAACGACAAAAGCCACUGCAAGCUCUUCACGGAAGGCGAUGCUGCUCUGGAGUUUGCAGACUUCUAUGACUUCAGGAGCACUUAUCCUGACUAUCAGGAAGGAGAUGGUGCAGAGAUGUCUGAAGAACUGCCACCAGAGAAGAAUUUGGAUUAUGAUGAUGAUUCAAUGGAGCUGAUUUUACCUUCAGGUGCCCGGAUCGGUCACCGUUCAUUGAUGAGAUACUAUAAGCAGCGGUUUGGUGCUUCAAGAGCUGUGGCUGUUUCUAAAAAUAAACACGCUGUGGGCAGAGUAUUGCAGCAAUAUAAAGCUCUGGGAUGGACAAGCAGCACAGGAGCAGCACUGGCUCGAGAGCGUGACAUGCAGUACCUUCAGAGGAUGAAGGCCAAGUGGAUGCUGAAGACCAGCAUGCAGAAUAACUCUACAAAGCAGAUGCACUUCCGCGCGCAAGUCAGGUUCUGAAUGUGCCCAGCGAUAAGCAUGACUAGCCUGAGCUUGCAUCGUUCUUUCUGCAAUACUGUGGAAGGAAGACCCAGUCUCAGAGAAGUGUGGUACUGCCUGCUGCUAUUUCAGCAUGUUUCCCAAGGAGAUCUCAGCCCGGUGUAACUGGCUGUCAGACUUCAAAUCAAUAAAGCCUAUGCAUAAGAAA